AUGGUUCAGAACUCCAUACAAUUUAGGGGCUUGCCUAACGAAGACCCCAAUCUGCAUCUGACAAAGUUCCUCCGAUUGACGGACACUAUAAAAUACAACGGAGUCUCCAACGAUGCUAUUCGACUCUGGCUAUUCCUAUUCUCAGUGUCUAAAAGAGUGAAUAUCUUUUACAAUGGCCUAUCCAUCCAUAACAGGGCCACGAUUGAUGCCGUCGUAAGAGGAUCUCUUAUAAGGAAAGACCCAGAUGAUGCAUACAGAUUGAUAGAUGAAAUGGCAUCUGCUAGCUUUCAGUGGCACACAGCUGACACAAAUAACUUCAAGAGAAAGGAAGUUGCACCAGUCUAUCAAGCAGAGAGCAACAACCCACUGGUAACCCAAAUGAAAGCUGUCACAAAGCAGCUAGAGUGCUUAAUAAGAGCACAAGAUUAA